UUGAUCCACUCCCCAUCUCGAUCCCUGGCCUCUCCGUCGACUAACGUCAGGCUACUUUCGACAUCUCGGCGACUUUCGUGCACGGUGAUAUAUGAAGGGCACUGGUACUGUAUAUUUAUCAAUUGAACUUGGGCACGGGACGGUAACGGUCGUUUUGUGGUCUUUCAUCAACUCGUUCCUUCGCUGUUGUUGUUCUUGUGUUGUUGUCGUUCUCGUUGUUCCAAGCAAGUAUCACCACCACCAAAAUCGGCUCGCCUCGUUUUUCCCACCUUCCCCUCGAAUAUCGACCACCAGCAGGCGCAACUGCACACAUUCGUCCCUUCUCGGUCUCGGAAAGCAAUUUUUUCCACGGCACGGCGUUGCAUUGGGGCUUGUGCAUUUUCACGACUGGAUCCUGUGAACACCCAAUCCCUACCAGAAUUCGACCCGAUAUCGACUUUUGCAGAGCGGUCCUCGAAAAAGCAUCUCCCCCCGCUUGUUGUCUCCUGGCUGGUUACAUAUAUAAUUCACCCUUUUCAACCACGCAUAUUUAUUCCGGCAAUUCGACACAU